CUCAAACUCGCUGCCAUUUCGGUGGUGGAAAUGUUGGAGUUGGGGAGGGUCGACUUUGAGGUGACAUUGACGCUAUGUAGAUGAGAGUCCGGAUCUGGCGCUGCAUGUUACGUCCCUGCUCACAUCAACUCAGGCGGCGGCAGCUCGUUUCCCCGUCUCCUUUCCCCUCCUCUCUUUCAGCACCACUCCUUUAAGGACAGCACCUCGCGCUCAAAGACGCAUUUGUCCGCCAUCGUCCACCUCUCAGGAUCAUAUAUUUGCUCGCUGUCACCGGAAGCAAAGUUUUCAUCUUGUUUUUAUUCUGUAAAAGUUCGAGGAAGUAACUUCCUCUUCCCCAUCGGGGAAACAAUCUGGGAAGGACAAGGACUUUUUUUGGUCGUUGGACUAUUGAAAGUGCCUCUGCUCCUGAUCACUCUCGUUUCCCAGAUUAUUUGUACCUUGUCGCUGUUGUCUGGCAGCUGGGUGUGCGGGACGGAGAAGCUGCUGUUUGUCUGGAACAGUGCUGAAAUCCCCUCCUCUCCCCUGGUCAGGAUUAUUCGACACAUACAGUGACCAUGGCUACCAACGGGACCAAAGCCUCGGACGGACACGUCUUAACGGAGACAGUGAAUGACGCGCCCACCACCACGCCAAACGACAAACCAAAAACCUUGGUGGUGAAAGUGCAGAAAACAAAAAAGGAGAUACCCGAGAGAGAAACGUGGGUUGGGAAAUUUGACUUUCUUCUCUCUUGUGUCGGAUACGCAAUAGGACUCGGAAAUGUCUGGAGAUUUCCUUAUUUAUGUGGAAAAAACGGAGGAGGGGCUUUCCUGAUUCCUUACUUUUUGACCCUCAUAUUUGCUGGCAUGCCCCUGUUCUUUCUGGAGACGGCUCUGGGUCAGUACACUUCUAUUGGAGGGCUUGGAGUGUGGAAACUGGCCCCCAUUUUCAAAGGUGUGGGUUUGGCUGCUGCUGUUCUGUCCUUCUGGCUCAAUAUCUAUUACAUUGUAAUCAUUUCCUGGGCUCUUUACUAUCUUUACAAUUCCUUCACCACUGAGCUGCCAUGGCAGACUUGUGGCAAUUUCUGGAACACAGAACGCUGCUACACCAACUACAGCAUCACAGACACCACAAACCUCACCAGUGCUGUGGUGGAGUUCUGGGAACGUAACAUGCACCAGAUGACUGAUGGUCUGGAGAAGCCCGGGCAGGUCAGGAUCCCACUGGCUAUCACUCUCGCCAUUGCAUGGGUGCUCGUCUAUUUCUGUAUCUGGAAGGGGGUCAGCUGGACUGGCAAAGUGGUGUACUUCUCAGCCACAUACCCUUACUUCAUGUUGUUCAUCCUGUUUUGUCGUGGCAUCACUCUGCCUGGUGCAUUGGAUGGGAUCCUCUUCUAUAUCACACCAGACUUUAACAAACUUAAGGAGUCUGAGGUGUGGCUGGAUGCUGCCACUCAGAUCUUCUUUUCCUACGGGCUGGGAUUAGGCUCUCUGAUUGCUCUCGGCAGCUACAAUCCCUUCAAUAACAACGUAUACAGAGAUUCUAUCAUUGUCUGCUGCAUUAACUCCUUCACCAGCAUGUUCGCAGGCUUUGUCAUCUUCUCCAUCGUGGGUUUCAUGGCUAAUGUAACAAAAAGACCUAUCGCUGAUGUGGCAGCCUCAGCAAUUGACCUAAUAUUUUUAUUGUGGCAACAGUGUGUUACAUAACACAGUUUCAACAUGACAUUGCAAUCUCUCCAGUUCUGCACUGUGGAAGGCUUCAUCACUGCACUGGUUGAUGAAUUCCCUCGGGUUCUUCGAAACCGCAGAGAGAUCUUCAUUGCAGUUGUCUGCCUUGUUUCUUAUCUUAUCGGACUGUCCAACAUCACACAGGGUGGAAUCUAUGUGUUCAAGCUAUUUGAUUACUACUCAGCUAGUGGAAUGUCUCUACUCUUCCUGGUCUUUUUUGAGUGCAUCUCAAUUUCAUGGUUUUAUGGUGUGAACAAAUUCUAUGACAACAUUGAGGAAAUGGUUGGUUAUAGGCCCUGUUUGUGGUGGAAGGCCUGCUGGGUCGUUUUCACUCCACUCGUUGUGGCUGGAGUCUUCUUGUUCAGUGCGGUGCAGAUGGUUCCGCUCACUAUGGGUGAUUACGUGUUCCCAGCCUGGGGUCAGGGGGUCGGCUGGUUCAUGGCCCUCUCAUCCAUGACUCUCAUCCCUGGCUACAUGGGCUACAUGUUCCUCACACUUGAAGGCACAUACAAAGAGCGUCUACGGAAGAUGAUCAAGCCUGUGGUAAUUGUGAAGGCUCAGGAAAAUGGCCCAGACCAGCAGACAGAAAACCCUAAUCAGAACCCUGUCAACGAGGAAGCCUACAUCUAGACACUUCUGUCUGUCUCGGUCUCGACAGCCAGACUGGCACUCGACUACAGAAGAAAUGUAAUCAAGGUUUGGAGUGAACACCAGACGUCUAUGUCUGCUUUUAUUCACCUACCUCCUGGGGACACGUGAGACCAACCUGAUUACAGUUAUUUUUAGGGGCUCUUCUGUUUAUUUGUAUAAUACAGAGUCAUAAAACUUAUGAAGAAAAACAAACUACCCAACCAAGUUGUUGUGACAUUAUGAAUUUUAUUAUGCAAAAAAGUUUGUCUUUUUAGAACAGGAAAUGUGAUUUAGGAAAUUACUGUAUAUUGAAUCUAUAAUUUAAAUUUGGAGGCCUACAUUGAUUCAGUAGUAUUGUGCUACUUUGAAAAUGUUAAUAAAUCUACUAAACUACAGUUACUGUACAAAGAAAAAUAUUGGUUAUAUGUAUUUUGCUUGUACAUGACAUAAAUACACUGAAAUGAAUGCAGUGAAGUAGGUGGGAAAAAACGUUAUUUGAAAGUUUGUAAAGUGAGAAUUGAAUACUGACCAUUUUAUGGUAAAGACUAAAUGGGAAUGUGCAACAGAUAAGGCCUGUAUGUGUACAGUAUAAUUUAGCCAGACCAUCACUCCCUUGCAGGAUCCUGCAGUUCGUCUGAAAUGUUUACCAACCGUGACUGGGGCUUCCGUUGAAAGCACAAGUACAGUAUUGGAGCACCCAACUUCUUUUGGCUCGAUCAAAACCUGUGACCACAGCAAAAAUAACUUACAAAAGAUACAUAACAAGAGACUGUUAUAAUUGCUUCAUUGUUUCCUAAAGAACAUUAACUUUGUAUGUUGUCUGAAUAUUUUUUGUAGAAUCAUUUUUAGGUCAUUUUCUAUAUGUCAGAGUGAGAAAGACCAAAUCAUACUCAAGUUUGAAAGAUUUCUGCAGACAUCUGACCCACUGACUAUAUGUGGAAUACAUCAAGCAUCCCCUUUUGUCUCACUAGAGCAACAGGGGACUAAAUACAGCAUCCACCUACAAGCACAGCUUGAAUCUGUGAACUACCCCGUCUAACAGUAAAGGUGUAGCCAUGACAGUACUUUGGUACAGUAUUUCUGCCUGAAGAGGAUUAUUGAAAAAUGUAGAUUUUCCUCCUUCUUACAACUAAUUAAGAGUUGUGUUGCAAUAAGCCAAUACUAAUUCAACUCAAUAAUUUAAACUGUGAGAAUGAAUAAGGUGCAGUGGCUGCAUUGUCGAGUGUAUGACAGAGUUCUAUGACAGCUAUGACUAUUAUGACUGGAACCAUUUACAUGUGUAUCUAUUUAGUAAUACAUUCCUCAGGAACAAUGUUGGAUGUGACCAAAUUCUCUCAGAUACUACCAUUAUACACUGAAACAAUUAAUGCUGUAUUUUAAAAAUGCAACUACUGCCAAAUUCCUGCCAUUCUUUCCCAUUAAUCCAACAUGCUACUUUAAUUAAGCAGCAACAAAACAAAUGAAUCAGUGUUAAGUAUUUGAACUUGUGUAUGCUCAAAGCUGAUCCAAAUUGUUGCUUCUCUAAGCUAGCAUAAUAUUUUUCAGUGUAAAUGAACUCUGUUGGCCUUCACUCAGUCUUUUUAGUAGACGCCGUAGUGUUUCUAUCCUGUGCGGAGUUCAGAUUUCCAGUAUCAGACUCGGAGAGAGAAACUUUGGGUCAGUCAAAGCUGGCAGAAGCACUGUUAACACAGCAGGACAUAGCCAGAUUCUAUAUAGGCCAACGCCACUGAAUCUUCUCCUUUUUAUAGGGUAAAAGAAAGCCUGUUCUUACAUAUCAAGUUUGUUUGGCAAUAUAAACAUCUACCUGUAGAAGCAGACUUUGUGACAGACCACAGAUAGCACUAUAUUACUAUAAAGGAGGAUAAAGAAAACAUGUUUCUGUGGCAGCUACAUGUGACAGAAAUCAGAUCGAAUCAGUCCCAUUAAUUUACUAUUAUUUAUGUUUUUUCAAAGAUAUGUGAAUUAAAUUGUGCAAUGACAAAGGGUUCAGUGAAUUUUGUAUAGUUAGCAUACCGCAGUUUUCUCUCUUGAAUGAUGUUGUAAACUGGACUGUGUAAUACAUGUAUCUGUGAAUGUCUGUACAACCCGAGUUUUCCUUUCAUUUGUCUAAAUGUUGCACAGAAAAAUGUUAUAUUAUUUGCUGUUUCCUGCAAUAAUAUUAUCUCAGAACUAAAGCACAUAUCUUUCUCAAAUGUAAAAAUUAUAAUUACAAUAACAAUAGAGUAAUAAUGAAGAUAACACUAAUGUAACAGAAAUGUCUAGUCAGAGAAUAUUGUUUUGUAUAUUUCUAGCUGUUUCAUUGGCCUAAUGUAAAAUAUUCUAUGUACAAAUAUAAUAAAUGUCUUUAGAUGGUGUUCUAUGAAAAAGCAUGAUUGCAAUAUAUGUUAUCAGCAAAAAUAAAUAAA